CGUCCUACCACAGAUGAUCAAUGAGCCAGAUAUCUCACAGGAUGUAUACAUGUGAAGCAUCCUGUUGGCGUUUCAACUCACUACCAAAUAUGAUGAGGAGGAAGCCCAGCGGCCGGCAGUGGGAGAAGAUGGAGCGAGAUGGAUUUUGGCCAAGAUUCUGCAAAUGUUCUCAUUGAUGAAACAUUUGAUCUGCAUAUAGUUUUCUGUUUACAAAACUAAAAUUGGUAACAAACAGUGUGGUAUGCGUUUCGUAUAAUGUACCCUUUGCCAAAGUUUCUAAAAAUUGGGAUGUUUAAAAGGAGUGCAAGAGCGGGCUUUUAUUAUUGCCCAUGCGCACUUCAGAGUAGGCGUUCCCUAACGAAUAGAUGCAAAUAAAUUCUAAAACGCGCCAAUAGGAUCUCACUAGCUUGUGCUUGGCUCUGCCCACCUCCGUGCUUGUGCUGCAGACUAUGAUUAAUUUGCUCCAUUGGAAACGACAGGCUCUGGUCUAUCUUGGGUUAGUUAUAAAAAUCUUUCGCCCUACCUUCAGUUAUCACGGAAAAUCGUAUGAAUGCAAACAACAGUUAUACGGAUUAUUCUCGUUUUUACAUCACAAGCAAUUCAUAUGCAUCUUCUUUUCAAAUCUCGGGGAUAUCUUAUUCAUGACGUUUGCGCUUUGUAGUUUGUAGACUGUCCGCAAAUUUGUACAUUCCGAGGAGGCUCUUCUUGACACUUCAUAUAGAGCUUGACAUAAUCAAAAUAGAACGUUUCACUUGGAAGAGGUUGAGUUGCAUCAGUGGCACCAGUGUUAGUGUAGAAAAUGUCUGACUCUAUUAUUUUAGCACUGAUAGUGUUUCUCAUCUUGUGUUUGAUUGUAACGGUGGUUGCAGCUGUUGUGUACUCUGGGCUGUUCACUGAGGUCAAUAUCAAGACAGGGUCGCCUUAUAUCAAAAACGUUACUAUUGCCUACAAAUUCCAUAAAGGACCGUAUAAAGACUGUGGUGCAGCUUUCACAGAGACUGUCAGUAUUGGACCAAAGCUCAAUACCAUCCGUGUGUCCUACGAUGACUCCACAGAGGUGCCCGAUGACCAGUGUCGCUACAUCAUUGGCAGUAUCCUGAGCGAGGGAGAUGAAAAGCCUGACGAAGAUCUCCAGAAGCUGUAUGAGAAGUUUGGCUUCAAUGUGCUGUCCUUCCCCGAGGUGUCCCUGGCUGUGACCACCACCUUUCCCUCCACCACCCCCCUGUCCCACUGGCUGGCACCCUACAGAGUAUACCCCGAACUCCGCAACUACAUCAUGGAGAGGCAACUCCAUGCUUGGCCAUUCAUUGAGAUCAAUACAGGGGACCUAACGCACUACAUUGCUCCGCUGUCCUCCCAGAGCGGCUUCCACCACACUGGCUUCGUUGUGCCCGAGCUCGUCACACAGACAGCGGCCAAGACACCGGUGACAGAGGAGUCCUUGGACCAGGACAGAGGGACGGAUAUUUCAGGUGCAGAGUCCCACAGUGAUGUCAGCAGCAAGCUGAGCAGCCAGGCGCAGUCAAAGAGCACAGAGACGUCUCUGGCCCACAGGGACCAGGGGGACGGGGUCGAACAGGGGCAGGGUGGAGAGCACAGGGAGCCAAGUGAAAAGGGGCAUGGGGACAGGGGCUCCAGCGAGUCAGUGGGCAGCGGCUCUUCCUUUGAGGAACUGGACUUGGUGGAAGAGAUGGUGGAGGAGCUGGAGAGAGAGUUGGGGAGGGAGGAGGAAGGCCCCACAGUGAAGGAAGGAUCAAGGGAAGCCCCAGUAGAGGCUGUAGCUGAGGAGAGGGAGCCCGUAGGGGAUGGAGAGGAGUAGAAGGGGAUGGAUGGAGCAAACUCCUCGGGUUUGAUCCUUUUAAGGUGGGAGUGAGAUUUCUUCAGCUAAUCUUGUCUUUUAUGUCAACUUGUUGGUGGAUCUGUAGCCAUACUAUUUAUCAUGACAGACAUGACAUCUAUUUCUGGACCUUUUGAACUUUCCUGUAUGUUAAACUGUAAUGUCUGUGAGUGAUAAUGACAAAACAAAGAUGGGUUGAUCAACAUUAAACAGAACUGUUGUAGGAGAUGAUACAUUCACCAGUAGAAAGUGAUACAUUCUUUGAGGGGACAAAAAUAUUGUUACAAUAUACUUGUGGGACUGAUGAAAGUCAAAAUGUCUUUUGAUUGAAGUAUUUAAAUGUUAAUAACAUUGUGUCCAAUAUGUUUAAUCAUUUGAUGUAAGAUAAUUUGUUUAUAUAUAAAUAUAAAUAAUUGAAUAUACUGUAUUUAAUCGAAUACAGUAUAGUUUUAGACAGUGGUCACCAAUCGCUCGAUCGAUGCAUUCCUAGUUGAUCACCUAACUGAAAAGCCAACGAUAAAGGCUAUGACAAAGGCCGCCACUCCUUUUUGUGUGUGUGUUAUGCUGUUGGUGGUACAGUAGGUACACUUGAUUCAGAAGCCCUGUGUGCCGGGGAGGAGAAGUGUUCCCAUUUUUAACCAUUUAAUUUGUCUGAAAAGACUAACUGCUUACUGACUGACCAAUCGGAUAGCUCAAAUCAUGUACCUACAGCUUCCAGGACCCCGGCCACAGUAGUUUUAUACUAGCCUACAUGAGAUUUCAUAUAAUUUAAAACAAUGACCAUAGAGAGACUGUCAAAUAAUACAGCAAAUAGCUGAUGUUUUUAUGUGUGAGGUCAUGUCCAAGUUUGUAUUCAGCACUGUCAACACUGUUUUUAUUCAACGCUAUUACAAAACAUAAAACACGCUUCUCCCUGCUUCCAUUCUCAAUGCAGCUGCAAUGAAUGAGUAGCCAAGUGUAUCGAUAGCCCUGUGUUUUUAUUAUUAUCAGCAGCUCAUCAUGUCUAUUUUAAUAUGGAGGAGUAUUUCACUUUCCCUGGUCAUAGGAACAACAUGAGUUUGUGCAUGAGGCAGAUGCAGUGUGACUCGACUUUUGCCAUCAGGUGGAAGACGUUUUCCCGUUUCCCGAUUUCAUGUAAUGGACAUAUACAAAAUAUUCCAAA